UCAACGGUUGUGUUGCUACAGAGCUUUAUGGACGCUUAAUAUUCACGCUGAGCAUGAGUUAUCGUCCGGAGGUCUUGGGAAAUUAACAAAGUCGAAGAGGCUGCGGUCAGGCCUGAACUGUUAGAGCUGUGAGUGCAAGUUUGCUGUGGCAGAGAUAAGUGAUCAGUGCAACAUUUCGAGGUACGUUUGCAAAAAUGAGAGUCAUGGAGAAAAAUGUGAUGCGUCUAGUGGCCGUGCAGCACCUCCGCUCAGGGUACGGGAUUAAAACAAAGAACUGGAACAAAAACAAAGCGGCCAGCUGCAAGUCAGCAGCCAGCAAGUCGACAAAGGUUUUUGGUAUGUCCCUGGAGAAUUUGCCAUAUUACAAUAUGGAAUGUGGGAGUGUUCCAAGUUUUCUGGUUGAUGCGUGCAUGAGGCUGCUAGCACAGAUUGACACAGAGGGCCUGUUCAGAAAAUCGGGCUCUGUUGUUCGUCUGAAAGCACUCAGGGCAAAAUUGGAUUUGGGUGAAGAGUGCCUAUCUACUGCUCUUCCCUGCGAUGUGGCGGGUCUGGUGAAGCAGUUUUUCCGUGAGUUACCGGAGCCCGUGCUUCCCACAGAGCUGCAGGAAGCCUUCCUCAAGGCUCAGCAGCUCCCAAAUGAGGAGGAGAGGAACUCUGCCACCAUGUUGCUGUCUUGUGUUUUGCCAGAUAGGAACUUGUGUGUGCUGCGUUAUUUUUUUGACUUUCUUUACAAUGUAUCUAAAAGGAGUGCAGAGAAUAAGAUGGAUAGCAGUAACUUGUCUGUAAUCUUGGCACCCAACCUCCUUCACUCCAGUGAUGGCACAGAGAAGAUGAACGCCAACACUGAGAAACGCCUCAAACUGCAGGCCGCUGUAGUCCAGUGUUUCAUAGAGAAUGCUCACAGCUUUGGUGUGUUACCAAAGUUUCUUCAAGACAAAGUUCCUGCCAUGAUGGGCUGUGAGGCAGGGGUUCUGUCGCCUGCUCAUGAUGAACUAGAAGAGCCGGAGCUGAACUCAGGAAUGAAGAGGAAAAGCAGGCGCAGCUUGGGUGUCUUUUCUUCUGCAACUCCUGUGAUUUCAACACCAGCCUCCAAGCGAAAACUUCCUCUGGAGUCUGGCAGCUCUUUUGGCUUUUCAAACAAGAAACGUAGAUCUGUCAAAAAGAACCUUGGGAUAGAAUUGCUUCCUAAUAUUUUGUUCAACGGGCCCUCCACACCUGGAUCAGCCUGCAGUACUUCGGGGGUGCUGGAUUCUUCCCAAAAUGUCCUGUCGUCAGCAGGGAGGUCUAGAAGGCAACCGACCACAUCUGCAAGGAAGAAGAGCCGACGACUCAGCAGCAGACACCUUAUCAACAGAGUUGAGUCUGGAAAGGCUGGUUGCUUUUCUCCUAAAAUAAGCAAAAAAGAAGCUCCGCACAAGUCCCUGCGCUUGCGUUUUAGCCUCGGGGGGAAGAGCAGCAAAGACGCUGCUUCUGAGUCCAUUGGUUUGCGACUUGCCAAACAGGAGAGCGCCACCAGUUUCCGUUUCACCAAAGAGACAGAGUUCAUUCUACCAGUUCAGCCUGGAAAAACUGAAUCCAAGAGCUCCAAGUUCAUUAGUAAGUCUGAAGACAACUUGCUGACACCCAGAUGUGACUUAAAUGCCCACCGAAGCUUGUGGUGUGCAGAGACGCCCGUAGGAGCCCAGGCCUUGAGUGGCAGGUCUUUCACGGAUACUCCCAUGAACCUGUGCCUUAAAAGCAGCUACAUGUCUGAGCCCGCCAUCGUCGUGUCCAAGCCCCCAGCAGUAAGCAGCCUUCCCAUGAAGUUGUGUUGUGCUUCCAGUGCAGAGAGCCUCGAGAGCGAGAGCUCAAUCCCUGAAGCCCAGAGACAAACCGGUCCCACCCUGCUGAAAAUCAAGAAGGCCUUCUCAGAGUCUGGAAGUGAUCUCCAGGCUGUCAUACAGGAGUCCUGCAAAGCCUCAGGAGCAAGUAUUUCAAAAUCAUCCAACAUGAUCACAGCCCCUCCUCCAGAGACUUUAACAGCCAAAUCUCUGUCUGUGCCAAGUGAAGCCCCCAGCUUCUGUAUGCAGCAGAGCCUUCUGGCUAAUGAACAGAACAUUACUUUUGGCCAGAUUGAAAUUGCUGCUUUGUCUCCUUUGCAUAUUGAUAGUGUAGUUCUUGAGGCUGAUGAAUCCCACAGCCCAGUCAUCCAGGAUGAGAAAGGUUCUCUCUGUGCUGCUCCUGCUGGUGGGAAUAACAGCUUCACAGUAGGAGCAGGAGAAAGGGAGAUGGAAGAGAUGAACUGCAGCAAGUUGAUUGAUGCUCUGGAUAUCCAAAGUCCUGCUCACUUCAGACUAGGUGUCUCUUCUGGACGGCAGUCAACUCCAUACAAACCAGGUCUUGAACUCCGAAAUGAGUUUGUUACACCACCUAAAACUGACGCUGUAGUCAGUGUGUUACAUGACGAGAGGGAACUUUCUCCAGAGAUUGGUACCAAAGUCCAAAAACAACCAACCUUUUCACCACACAGUCAGGAGGCUGAAAGGCGUCGUGUGGCAGACCACAUUCAGCACUUCAACAAGCUCACCAUUUAUUCUCCCACAGGCUCCAAGAGCAGUCAGAUCAAGUCACCGCUCAAAUUCCACCGCACCCCUGUGCGUCAGACUGUUCGCAGGAUUAACUCUCUGAUGGGAGAGAGCAGGAAACCUGUUAGAAAUGCAGGUACCAUUGCCAACCAGCGUGGACAAGUAGCAAAGGCUGUGAGUCUAGAGAGUGGCCUUUCUCCAUACCCAAAACUUCAACCUCACCACGGAGAACACGAGGUGCCAUCCAGCCACACAUGCCCUUUAAAGAAGCCCCCUCCAGUGCCUCCAAAAAAGUCAAGCACCAAGUCCUGUGCGCUGGGUGACGUGACCAACAAGGUCCAAUCAAAAACCCAAGUGGACUGCUCAACCAAUGAGCCAUCAGGAGCUCAGAAGCCUCUGCAGCAGCUAGCCGGGAAGGACAUGAACUAUUACAGAGGUUCACCCAGAAACCCUCUCAACCAAGGAAGGCUGCUGUCUGCUACGAAGCCUGUCGAUUUAUAGUGAAUAUCCAUUUGGCCUCUUCUCUCCUUUAACUAUGCAGGUGUCUGCUGAGAGUGAUGUUAAACGUCCUAACCUAUUCAUGUUUUCAGGGUCUUAAAUUAUUGUCAGCUGUCUAGAUGCUGUUUGUGUUAUUUUAGAGCCGUAUUGGGAGAUGUUUGUAUGCCUUACAUUUGUUUUACUUCAGUAAAACCAAUUUAGAAGUUAAGAUGUCAACACAUAUCAGCCUAUAAGAUUACAUGUUGGUGUUUAGUUAGUAGUGUGCAGGCUAAAUUGUGUAAAAUGUGAUUGGUAUGACUGGGAUGUUUUGAUUGAGUCGUUUUAUU